AUGUGUGUGUUAGACUUGCCGAGACAGUUCUUCAUGGUCCGGUAUGACGCGGAGGAUGAUUACAUGGCAGCAAUGACGAGUGGUCCUUGGAGAGUAUUUGGUAGUAUCUUGAUGGUGCAAGCGUGGUCACCGACUUUUAAUCUCGUUUGUGAGGAGAUUGUGACCACGCCGGUUUGGGUUAGAAUUGCGCAUAUCCCCAUUAGUUUCUAUCACGAAACAAUUCUCAUGGGUAUUGCUGAACGAGUUGGAAAGCCACUGAAGGUGGAUCUCACGACGUUGAAGAUGGAGAGAGCGAGUUUUGCUCAUGUUUGUGUAGAGGUGGACCUAAGUAAGCCGUUAAAAGGUACGGUAGUAGUUAACGAUGAACGAGCACCGUCGCAGCGUAGUACCGAGGAAGGUCAGGGUCAGCAAAAAGAAGUGAAUAAAACGGAUGGGCUUACAAAGGAUUUAGGAGGGGAGCCGAGUCGACCACUAGUGGAGAAUGCCCACAUAAGUGGGACUGCUACUGUCGGUGUUGCAAAUCGGUUUAGUGGUCUGCAAAUGAAUGAGGCACAGGCUGGGGAGCGGGAUAUCAUGGUUGAGAGUGAGGCGAAUAAAGAGAAUGUGGAUUGUCAAAAUGUUGUGCGUUUUGGAGAUGGAAGGAGCCAGACAGAGAAAAAAGUUAACGAUUUGGGUAAAAGUCAAGGAGAGGUGUUAGAGCAGAGAAUGCGCGGUAAUAGAACAUGGCGGAAUGUUAGGCAUAAAGGAAAGCAGUUAGAGCCACAUGCUCCGGUGCGUGGCUUGAUUUUUGGUCCCAUACGAGGUAAGAUGGGUAGUACAGCUUCUGGAAAACGCCUCCUAGUUGAAAAUGAAAGUGUGGGUCAAAAGGGAGGAGUGUACAUCUUGGAAAGUGGAAAAGACGGAGCUGAGAGAAGGCCGUUGUAG